AUUUGGUUGGUGAUGGAAUGUGCUUCAUCGGUCUCUUAUUCUAUUCCGUUUGAUGAUUCUGAAAUUGGGCCGGCCUAUUAUUCCAUCCCUUGAUGUAGGGCGACCCUUUAUCUCCUUAUUUAUUUUUGUUAAUUGUAGAAGGCUUUGAGUGUUCUUUUGAAGAAGUAUGAGGAGGUUGGACGUGUUCAUGGAGUUACUGUUGCUCAGGGUGCUCCUAGAAUUACCUAUCUUUUAUUUGCUGAUGACAGUUUGCUUUUUUUCAAAGCCAACCAUAGUGAGGCGUCUUGCGUGAAGGAAAUUCUGGGUGAAUAUGCUCUUGCUUCUUGUCAGGUAAUUAAUUUAAAUAAAUCCAAAAUUUUCUUCAGUCCGAAUGUUUGGGCUGAUUAUAGGGAGGGUUUAAGGAGUUGUUGGGAGUGGGCCUGGCUGGGAAUGAGGAAUUGAAUUUGGGGUUGCCGGCGUUGAUAGGGAGGAACAAGAGAGGUGUCUUAUCUUAUCUUAGAUAGAGGAUGGUUAAUCGCAUCCAAAUUUGGAAUAAUCGUUUCUUGUCGAGAGCAGGGCGUGAGGUGCUAUUAAAAUCAGUUAUACAGGCAAUGCCAAAUUAUUCAAUGAAUGAUCUUUGUAAGGAGAUUAAGACUUUGAUGAAUGGUUUUUGGUGGCAAGGAAAGACCAAUAAAGGGAUAAGGUGGUGUAGUUGGGAAUCUUUGUGUCGUCCAAAAAAUUUUGAUGGGAUAGGUUUAAAAAAAUUGCAGGAAUUUAAUUUAUCUAUGCUUGCAAAAUAGGCUUGGCGAAUUUUUACUGAGUCGGAGACUCUCGUUGGGAGAGUGUACAGAGCACGGUAUUUUCAUGAUGGAAAUUUUUUAUCAGCUAAAUCAGGUUCUAACCCCUCGUUCAUAUGGCAGAGUAUUAUCCAAACUCAAGAUAUAAUUCGAAGAAGUUACUACAGACGUGUUGGUUGAGGGAUAAAUAUAAAUAUCUGGAGCGACCCUUGGCUCCCAGACAGGAAUAACCCAAAUGUGGUUUCGGAUCUUGUUCAGGGCUUGGAGAAUGCAACGGUGGAGAGUCUGUGGACUGUCGACGGGUCCAAAUGGGAUUUGGACCUCCUCCGGGAUUUGUUUGUUCAACGGGAUUUUCAGCUUAUCCAAGGGCUACGGCUAAGUUUCAGGGACAUUGCGGAUAAGGUUUGUUGGAGGUGGGAAGAGUUCGGGCGGCUUUCUGUUCGCAGCUGCUAUAGGGCUCAAGUCGGAGAGUUGCACACGGACAAUUGGAUGGGCUGGAUGGUGAUGUGGGGAUGGAACCUUCCUCCCAAAAUCAAAAGAUUUUUCUGGCAGCUCUGCUGUGGUUUCUUGCCUACACUGGUGAAUUUGAGGCGGAAGAGAGUAAAUUGUGCAGAGAGAUGCGGGCUUUGCGGAGGUGACGAUGAGUCCUUGUCUCAUCUCUUUGUCUCAUGCUCUGUAACUCAAGAGGCAUGGCGCGUGGUAGGGUGGAGAUGGGCUAGGAGCUCGGCGUCAGAUUUUAUGGCUCAAUUGCAGGUUGCAUGAUUUUGAAGCCAAGAGGAAGGAGGAGCUGUGUAAACUUAUAUGGGGUUGUUGGGGGCUUUGGUGCGAACGAAAUAGCAGGGUCUGGAGGGGGGUUUCCUUGGAUGCAAAGACUGUGAUUUUGAAGUCUAAAGUUUAUGUAGAUGGGUGGAUCUGGGAACAGUAGCGGGUUAGGACGUUGCCUUCUCUUUCACCGGAGGCGGUCACGACCUGGAAACGCCCUUUGCCAGGAAGGUUGAAGCUGAACGUGGACGCAACUCUGAAGGUUGAUGGCAGCGGGCUGGGAUGGCUCCUACGCAAGAUGGAGUUUUUGUGGCAGGGGUUUCUAAACCUUGGAAAGGUGGUCUCUCUCCCUGGGAAGCGGAAUUAGUGGGUAUUCAGGAAGCUCUGAGUUGGGUAAAGGCUAAUGGUUGGGAUUUUGUAGAGGUUGAAUCGGAUGCUUCCAAAGCAAUUUUGGAAAUUCUUUAUGGCUCUAGUGAUUCACCGGGCGGGAUUUUGGCCGGUAAUAUUCGAGAGCUCGGGCCUGGUUUUACGGAGAUUUCUUUCUUUCAUGUUAGGCGAUCAACGAACAAAGUGGCUCAUGUUUUGACUCAAGGAGCUUGUUCAAUAUCUGAUUCUAUUUGUUGGGUUUCUUUUCCUCCUAAUGUUAUAUUCCAUGUACUAAACAUUGAGGCCAUUAAUAAUAGUUAAGUUUUCU